AAAACGUCCUCCCCGUCAUCCCAGAAGAACAACAUUAAAAACAGCCGCGGUGUUUGUUUGUGAGUACGAUAAUACUCAGGUGUUUGUUCACCUCCACUAAGACCUGAACCGCUCCAGACCUGCUGAGCUGAACUUCCUUCAGAGAUCCAGGAGACGAGCUGACCGGGAGUCCGGCUGGAGGCCGCAGUUUCUCCUCCUGUAGCAUUUAUGAUGAAGCGUCGUCCUGUUAGUCCUGCCGCUCAGCAGUUUGUCUGGGAGUGCAGUGAAUGGCAGGAAAUCCUGGACUGCUCUCUUUUCGUUUCCCUCAAACUUUCUGCUCCGUCAUCGCACGCUGCUGAUAACGCACACAUCAUAAGCACGUGCUUUUACUGCAGCCCAAACCGAGACCGAGUCAAGACCAAGACCAGUUCUCCGCAUUACAUGACACACGAUAAAACCGAGAUCAGAGGGACGUGUCAGAGUGAUCUGAAAGACCCACAUUCUCAUUAAAACCUCCUCCGUGCUGAGCAUGGGGGGGGGGGGGCCUUACUGGUUGCAUCUGAAGACGUUUUCCAUCCAAUCAAAGUUUGGAUGUUAAGAAAUACAUCGGGCUCAAGUACUACAACCCUACUUGUAAUGGAGUACUUUUACAGUGAGGUAUUAGUACUUUUAGUAGUACAGUAAGAGAAUACUCCGUCCUCCGCAGGCUUGGGGAAGACAUCCUGUUCAUGAGAUGUCCCACAGAGACGGAGGAACACUACAGCUCAGAGUUCAGGAGGAGAAACAGAAGGUAAGGGGGUCCAGGUGGACUCCUGCUUCUUAGUGAGGAACCAGAUCCAUGACCAGGUCUGCUGUCGCUUCCCUGAACAACAAUCAGCUUAUAAAGAAACAGCCUUCUGCAAGACCACACCCUCGCCCAGGUGAGGCCCGGUCCACACCUGCUCCCCCCGACACACACCUGGUCCACACCUGCCCCCUCCUGACACAUGUGGUCCACCGUGAUCUGCACAGCGUUUCGGAGUGAUGUGUUUGAUUAAAGCUGCUUGAUUGUUGCAUUAAAAACGCGUUUUCACCACACGAAGCUCUGAAGGCAGAGAGAUGUUUAAAACUCUGCGUUUCUUUUAGUUUGAACUUUUCUUUUUCUAAAAGACGUUGGCAGAAAGUGAGCUGAAAGACAUUCAGAUUUACACACCUGACGUCCGUCUGAAAGUUCCUGAGUGUCAAAAAAACGUCUGAGUCAGCAGGAAAAGUUCAGGAAACACAAGGGGGGGGGGGGGGACUGGGAGGCUGAAAAGCAGGACAGACACAGACUGACCACAGAUCAGCUGAGAGGCUCAGGGAGGACAGACAUCAUGGAGUCCUGUCGGAGUUUGAAGCUGCUGUUUGUGUCUCUGAUGAUGAUGAUGGUGAUGAAGACGAGCUCAGCUGCUUCCCCACAGAACUUCUGCUCCAACUCGACGGUGCUGAGGACUCGGACAGCGUGUCACUCCUGCAGCAUCACCCUGGUGAUAUCCUGCCCAUCAGGAUUCAAACAGACCCCCAGAUCCACAUCCCAGGACUGCAAGUACUACAUCAAGACCGCCAGUCUGAAGCUGUCCAUCAACGGCUGCUCCUUCGAGUGCUACAGAGAGCAGGAGGUGAAGAGCUGCUGUCCAGGUUUCUGGGGUCCAGACUGCAUCGAGUGUCCCGAUCGGGCCGACAGACCCUGCAGCAACAGAGGACUCUGUUCUGAUGGGCUGGGAGGAAACGGAACCUGCAGCUGCCAGGUGGGCUUUGCAGGAACAGCGUGUGAGGACUGUGCACCUGGUCGAUAUGGUCCCACCUGUAGUUCAGAGUGCUCAUGUGUCCACGGUCUGUGUGACUCUGGUUUGAAAGGUUCUGGUACCUGCACCUGUUUCUCUGGAUACAAAGGUCCAAACUGUGAUCAAGAGUUACCUGAGUGUGCCACCCUCAGCUGUCAGCAAAACUCUCGGUGUAUGGAGGAAGCUCUGACCGGACAGCUGGUGUGUCAGUGUCUGCCUGGUUACCAGAAAUCAGGAGCUCAGUGUUUAUCCAUAAACCCAUGUCUCCAGCGGGUCUGUCAUGUCCAUGCCUCCUGUGUCCACACCGGUCCAAACCAGCACCUCUGUGCCUGUAACGAGGGUUACAGUGGGGACGGACGAGUCUGCAUGGCCAUCGAUCCCUGUCAGACCAAACAGGGAGGCUGCUCAGCCAAUUCUGCACGCUGUGUCUACGACGGACCGGGAAAGUCUCACUGCGAGUGUCUUCCUGGUUUUGACAACCUGUCGAACGGUGACUGCAGCCUGAAGGACUCCUGUAGACCUGAUUCCUGUCACAAGAACGCCAACUGUGCCACAGUGGGCCCAGGAAGAGUCGAGUGCACCUGUCUUCAGGGUUACAUUGGCAACGGUAAAUUAUGUUAUGGGAACAUCAUCCAGCGUCUGAACAGUCUGAACACAGAACCUGGAGGACAGUGGGUCGGUCAGCUGAGCAACGCCAUCACGCUGUUCGGUUCUUUUUCAUGGCCUCUGCAGAAUUUGGGUCCUUUCACUCUUUUUGUCCCGAUCAAUAAAGGCUUCAAAGGAACUCCAGUGAGGACUCUGACAGCUGACUUGUCCAAAGCCAAAUACCUGUGUAAGAUGCACCUGGUUGCCGGGGUGAUGCCCUUUGACACUCUGAAGAAAACCGACGUUUUUUACACUCUGACCGGAAAACCAGCUGAGACGGACAUAUCAGAGGGGGACUCUCAGACUAAAAUCCGGAUCCAUGGCAGCAGGAAAAAAGGUGUGAUCAUCCAGUCGGACGUGGUCGCAUCCAACGGGAUGAUUCACAUCAUCAAUAAGCUGAUGGACAGCGUCCCCCCCACAGUGGAGAGCGACACACAGGAGAACCUGAUGAAGAUCAUUUCUGACUACGGCAAAUUCGACAAGUUCAAGUCUUUAUUGGAGAAAACUAACCUGGCGUCACUCCUGGACCUACCUGGUCCCAUCACCGUCUUUGCUCCCAGCAGUUCAGCCUUUGAUGCGAUGACUGAAGGUCACCUGCAGUUCCUCAGCAGUGCUGAAGGUCACAGCAAACUGGUGGAGCUGCUCAGGAACCACAUCAUCCCGUCCACCGCGCUGGAGGUCUAUAACGCCGUGUCCAGACCCAGGAUUGUGACGAUGGCCAAUCAGGUUCUGACGAUAAACGUGACAGAAAACGUAAGUGUGGACCUUAAAGAUCUCUCUCCGUGUUGAGCUCACUGAGACCUCAAAGUCCUUCC